AUGUGUUGUCAGCAGUCGUCAUCGUUGGUGCUUCAGACACUCAGGGCGAGUUUGGUUUUGCUUGCAAUUGCUAUCUGCUUAACAAGCCCUCCUGCACUGGCCAAUCAACUCUACAAACGCAACAACUGGAAUCAAGCUGUUGGUCUAUGGGGAAAACGCUCUGUACCACCACACUUUUUCGAUUUGACUCUGGAGAAACGACCAGAGAAUCAAUGGAAUAAGUUGAACUCUCUUUGGGGGAAAAGGUCGACCUGGGAGACUGCCAAUGGCCUCUGGGGGAAGAGAUCAUCAUGGCAAACUGCAAACGGCCUUUGGGGAAAACGAUCGCCGCACUUCGAAGAGCGGAAUAGCUACUAG